UAAUGGACAGGGGUGGAUUUACACAGGCCCCUAGGCUCAGGAAUUUUUUAUUUAUUUAUUUUUUAUUUAAGUUCAUUUGAAGUGUUGGUUUUGCAUUAUUGUUACAGUCAAAUCUGGACAGAGACAAAGCAUUUUGUUAGCUACAUAUAGCUUGAUCAGAUACACUAAAGUAAUCAGAACAUUGACUCAGUGCGACCAAAGCUAUAUUUCAAGAUAUAUAAUUAAGUGUUAUACCAUAAACAGAGAUCUGGUCUGUGGUCUUUCCCCCAUCCCCGGUGUUGUGCUGUGAGUUUACAACUGAAACUGACGUUGGGAGGGGUGAUGUAACAUCAAUCCGUCAUGCACGCUGUGCGCUCUUCAAUUGCCUGUAACACUAGUGAUUACUACUGUAGAAAGAGUAAUCAGAAAAUAUUUGCAAAAACCGCUGAACAGAGAGCCCCUGACUACAGCUUAGGUUAGCCUAUGCAUUAAUCCGCCCCUGCUAAUGAAGUAUUAUCAACAAGGAUAGAAACCAUGGAGGUUCCCCAUAUAGGUGCUAAACAAAAAAUAUGUCAUUUACUGUAUUUUAAGAAUGUAAAUUAUUUUAUUUAAAAUAAAAUAAAAUAAAAUGAAGUGGCAUCAAUUAAUCUGCAGAUUUGCAGGUGAAGUGCAAAAACCUUCUAUUGUAACUUUUGUCUAUACAGUGAUUAGAUUUAUUGUUUUGUUUUGGACGUGAGACAAAGUGUUUAAUGUGUGAUUCCUGUACUUUGUCCUACCUGUGAAGGCUUUCAUUCGGGCUGAGUCUCCUGUGACUGUUUUUAUUACUGAGUGUUGUGCAUUUUGGAAGGAGAAAGGAGAGUGUGGCAGCAGAAGUUAAAAAUGGGAGAGGUUGUAUAAUCCCUUAUUAUAGGCCUACCUUUCUCAUCAGGUGACAGAAUGUUGUAAGUCUCAGUGAAGGUAUAGAAGUCUUAAUUUGUGGUAGAAAAAUUACUUUGUAUAUGUGGUUUACGGGGACUCUCCAUAUGUGUAAUUAUUUUUAUACUGUAUAAAUUGUAUAUUCUAUUCCCUUACUCUAAACCUGCCCCUAAACCUACUACCCAUGUCAUUUCACACAUUUGUGUCCUCAUAAACCAUAUAUAUAAGAACACAUACACAAGCACGCACACACACACAACCUUGCAAAAGUAUUCAAACCCCUUCAGAUCAUGUCAAGUUGCAACCUAAAAUACUUUAAACUAUUUUUUUCAUAUCAAGAUACACUCCAUACCUCAUAAUGACGAAUCAAAAGCCAGAAUCGUGACAUAUUUGCAAAUUAAAAAAAAACAAACAUGCUAAGAUAAUUAUACAAGUAUUCAAACCCUUUACUAUGUCUUGUUAAUGCUGUUUAUUCUAUUUCUAGAACUCAAAUUAAACAAUGGGUAACAAGACACCAUCAAGCAGCAAUUCAAAACAUGGUCUUAGAAACAUAAACACAACAACAAUAUACAAACAGGAAGAGCCUCAAAGUUGGUGUUGCUGUUGUAAAAAACAAGUGUCAUACAGAAUUCCAGCUCUUGUGUAUCUCAGUGACGAUCAAACCUUCCUUGCCUUUGCCGAAAAGAGAAAAACAUUAAGUGACACAAGUGCAGAAGUGCUUGUGAUGAGAAGAGGAACAUGGAAUGAUGGCAAGAAGAUUAAAGAAGUUGAGUGGGUCAGUGGACAUCAGGUGCUCACUUCAGCUUGUUUACCAAACCACCGCAGCAUGAAUCCAUGUCCGGUCUAUGAGAAAGAUUCCAAGACCCUCUUUCUGUUCUUUGUCUGUGUUCCCAAUGGAGUCUCUGAAUACGAACAAAUACGGACAAAUAAGAGCCAAGGACGGCUUUGUUAUGUGACCAGUAAGGAUGCUGGCAAAACCUGGAGCCAUACUACAGAUUUGACAGCAGAUGUGAUCGGUGAGCAGGUGAAAGACUGGGCCCCCUUUGCUGUUGGACCAGGACAUGGUGUUCAAUUGAAGAGCGGGAGACUGAUUAUCCCAGGCCUAUGCAUAUCGAUACACUGGCAAACCUGAUUGCACAUCAUGUUGCUGCUUAUCAUUUUGCUGUUUCACACCUUAUGCUUUAGCAUUCUACAGUGAUGAUAAAGGAAGCACAUGGAAAGCAGGAAAACAAAUGGAUGUUGAGUCAUGUGAGUGUCAGAUGGCUGAGAUCAUCGAUGACAA